AUGUUUCAAUGGACUCCUGAAUAUAACAAACCCUAUACAUUAACAGUGCGGGUGAAGAGGGAGAUUCCUCCUGAUGUGUCAAAGACACAGAAGAGCCUUAAAGGAACCCUCAUGCAUCCAGAGCCCACUGGGGCAGCCAGAAGAGUUCCUGCAGGAGUUGAGAUGAUUAAUAGUGAAGUGGGGAGUGAAUCCUCUCAUUUGUGUGAUGAUUCUCAAAAACAAGAGAAGGACAUAAAUUGUAACCAACAAGAGCAAGAAAAUGUGCUGCUUGAGAAAAAACACAAAAGCCAGCAGACUGGCCCUUCACACAUGCAAAAUUGUGUUAAAGAGAACCAGGGAAUAUCAGGAUUGAGGCAACACCUAGAAACACUAAAUGAUGAAAAUAAUGAUUCCUCUUUCAGACAUUGUCUUUCUUCUUCAUGUGGUCCUCAUUUUGGGGAUUCUGAUACUGUGACAUCGGAUGAGGAUAAAGAAGUCACUGCAAGACAUUCCCAGGGAAUAUUGAAUGCUCAAAGUAGAACUCAUAGUGCACGAUGCCAAAAGUGGCCUCGCACUGAGAUUGAAUCAGUCUCAGGACUGUUAAUGGAAAGAUCCUGUUUUCAUGGCAGUUCAUUAAGGAAAAGUCCAUGCAGAAAGAGGUUUGUAAAAAAGAAUUCCUCACAGAGGACACAGAAACAAAAAAAGAGGAUGUUAAUGCAGAGGAAGAAACAAGAAGUGCCAGCUCUGAGAAAAUAUGCGCUGCUCCCUAGUUCCAGUAGUUCCAGUGAGAGUGAGCUCAGGAAUGAAUCCUCUCCUCACCCAUCACCUGCAGGAGAGGAAGAUGUGUUUGAUUCUGCUGCUAAAAACCACCAAAACAAUCCACCUCUUCCUUCAGGACCUAUCGAUGAAAUUGAGGAAGAUGUGGUGGUUUCAGAAGCUUCCUCCACUCCCCAGGUCACUGCCUAUGCAGAAAUUGAUGUUACCUUGACUGAUAGUGAGGUGGAGACCAUGAUAGCUGGAGAAUGGUCAACACUUGGACACUCCAGAUAUCCCUGGAGCCAAAGUUCAAGCCUCCAUACAAGUUGGCCACAGGAGCCAAGCCCCUACAGCAGGAUUGUGAUGCAGCCUUUGAUGCAGAAUGCAGCAGAAGUUGUGGACCUCACUGUUGAUGAUCAUGAAGACGAACUUACUGUAGUACCACUCACUUGUUCAAGAAUGGAAUCUCAGACCACAAGCACUUGCAUUCACAACAAUUCAGAUUCAUCUGCCUCUGAGCAGGCCUCUGAUACGGCUUCAACUGUCACUAGUAGCCAAGCCUACACAGUGUCAGAGAUGUCAGCUCUUACAAGCAAUAGUAUGACUGGUACUUCUAUAGGAGCAAUUUGA